AUGACUCGAUUGAUCAAUAUAUUGGUGCGCUCUCUGUAUUCGUACGUCACGUUGGAAACUGCCGAGGGCAAAAUUACCCCAAAUCAUAUUGAGCUGAUCAGAGAUGUUGCAAUCAUCGGCGGAGGCGCAUCGGGGACGUACGCCGCCGUUCGACUUCGCGAAGACCUGAACACGAGCAUAGUGCUCAUCGAGCCCAGACCAAAUCUGGGUGGUCACACUAGCGCCUACCACAUUCCCGAAACAAACAUUUCGAUUGAUUACGGAGUCCAAAGCUAUAUACCUUACGGACCGGCUAUCGAUUUCCUUACACGCUUUGGGAUUGAUACGGUGAUCCCCACUAAUCAGAGGUUGACGGCACUCAAUAUCGACGUCAAGACGGGUGAGGAACUGGAGGACUACAGCGCCCCGAGUACAAAUGCAACCAACGAAGCAUUGCAGCGAUGGCUUGCGAUCACGUCGAAGUACAGGGAUAUAUUGGAGCCCGGCCUUUGGCAAUUUCCGCCUCCAGCAGAUAUCCCUGAAGAUCUUCUUACGCCAUUCGGUGAAUUUGCCAAGCUCCAUCAGUUGGAAGCCGCCGUUCCACGGAUAGUGGUGAUAUCUGGUGUGGGCUAUGGAGGCAUCCGCAACCUUUUGACGCUCACCGUCUUACAGGCUUUUGGGGCCUCACUUACGGAAGGUCUAUUGAGCGGCACACUUUUCAGACCCGUUGGCAAUAACGGUGUCCUCUACGAACGCGCGCUCGAGCUCCUUAAGCCGGACGUACUAUUAUUGAGCACCGUUCACGAUGUGAAGCGAACCAGAAACGGGAUAAGGCUAUCAAUCAAACAGGACGAUACCAGCUACAUCAUCAAGGCACGUCGCGUUCUGUACACCGCAGGCCCAAGCCUGGAAAAUCUGGCUUCUUUUCAUCUCGACAAUAAGGAAACGGCUGCCUUCUCGAAUUGGAUCAAAGAGGCCAACUUCGUAGGAAUUUUGAAGGCGCCUUGCUUGCCAGAAAACUAUUCCAUCACGUAUUUGCCUUCGGCAGCGGUACCGGCUGACCAGCUUGCGAUCAAAGACUGGUCACACAGUCUGCGUCUAGACUCGACAGGGCCUGCAGGCCAAGGUCUCUUCCGAGUCGUCUUUGGCGCCAACUACACGAUAUCUCCGGAAGCCUUCACAAACAUAGUCUUGGAAAGCGUCAAAGGAAUACAGGAUGCUGGAACUGUCCCCGCGGAUUGCGAAGCGGAAUUUAAAGCGCUUUCGGAUCAUAGCCGCCCUUGGUGGCCGCGAGUGCGUCGUGUGGUCCUGGACGACGACGACGACGACGAUGAAGAAGACAACGAGAGCGAUCCGUCCAAUCUUCCAGCUACAUCUCAGCCACCAGAGAAGGGCAGAGAUCACGAGUUACUUUUGAGCAGCCUUGCAGCAAGCCAGAAAGCAUCCCCAUCUCAGCUACCGACUCUACCUGCCGAAGUCCUUUUGACCGUCCUUGACAACGCCGACCCAGCGGACAUCUUGGACCACCGGCUCGUAUGCAAAGCCUUCAAAGAAGUGAUUGACACGUCUGUGCUUUAUUAUCACAUCCAACGUGUGGAGUUGGUUGGCUAUCUCGGACCGAAAGAAGACGAGCGCGUGGGCAACCAAGCCGUAUGGAAUCCACAAAAUGCGUACUUUCGCAUCAAGGAGUCCUGGUAUGACACGUUUGUCCGCAGUAUCGGCGAGAUUGAACCCGACAAUCCGUGGUGGCACCAUACCGUACAAUGUCUUGAUCUACGAAAGCCAUCUUCAGUGCACGGGCAGCUACGUUGGUGUGUCAAAGUAGGCCCAACGGUUGUGGAUUUUGGCAUGGCAGGCGAGCAAGACGUGGAUAUUGAACUGGUGGAGCGCGAAGACGAAGACACCAUCAUUGUCCGGGUUACGAAUUGGAAGCGUAUGCUGAAGAAUGUCUUUCGAGAAGAACGAGCUCUGAACCUGUUACUCAAAGACACCGAAGAAGACGAAUUUACAUACAGCCAUCUAGAGGACGCCUUCGAGACACGCGACAUGGACAACAUGACCCCAUUAUGGGGCAAAUACUCUUCGAUGACCGUUGUCCGGGACUACGAAGAUGUGGAACUUGCCGAGCGCAAUGCCGCUCAAACCCUCAUGCUCUUGCGAAGAGAAGCUUCAAUGUCAUCUCGGGAACGAGAUGCAUUGUACACAAUGAAAGAGGAAAGAGCUAUAAUGCACAGGGAAGUGGCGGAGGUCGACGAGCAAUUCAAGAAAUGGCAGGAGAGCUUGCUCGGGUUACCAAAUCUAAGCCUAGGUCGUAUGGAAAUCGAUCAUGACGUUGAUCCCAAUCCGAUGACUUGGUCCAAGGAAGUCGUGGAUCGCGAGAGCCAAAACCUGAUAAGGUGGAAGGCUCAGAAGCAAACCAUCGCGCAUAUCAAAGCCUACCUGGAUGCUACGAACGCCGCAGCCAUCUUAGCCGAGGACGACUUCGAUGACGAAGACGAAGACUUCUGA